AGGAUGCUUACUGGGAAAAACCAUCUAAAAGAUAAGAUGAGACAGAAGCCAAACAUCCACACUGCUGGUCUGACACCUCAGCAAUGACAUAGAGGCCGAGCUCAGUCCGGUUUCCCACAGUGAGAAGUUGUUCAAACUUUGACGUUACUCUCUAAAUUUAACAGCUCUUGAUAGUUUUUUUUUUUUAUUGUUUGCGGAGCAGCACUCACCAUGAAGUACAGGGCGGUGGUGAUGUACAUGGAGAUCGGCUGCUUCGUGUCCUGCCUGUGCGGCUGGAUCCUGGUGUGUUCCACUCUUCCCACAGAGUACUGGACUUUCUCCGAGGCGGCCAGCGUCGUGCUGACCACCUCCAACUACUACUCCAACCUGUGGAGGGACUGCAUCUCUGACACCACGGGGGUGUCCGACUGCAAGGAUUACCCUUCCAUGCUGGCCCUGCCUGUGUUCCUACACGCCUGCAGGGCGCUCGCUAUCUGUGCCGUCAUCACUGGUUUCUUCGGAGGCGUCCUUACACUUGUAGGGAUGAAGUGCACUAAAAUAGGAGGGUCAGAGAUUGCCAACUCAAGGGUGACCUUUGCAGGCGGUAUAACCUACCUGGUUUCAGGAUUCUGUGGUAUGAUCACCUACUCAUGGUGGGCCAACAAAGUCAUAUCAGAAUUCGUGGAUCCAAAUUUCAGGGCACAGAAAUUUGAACUUGGAGCGGCAGUUUUCAUUGGCUGGGGAGGCUCCAUCCUUCUCCUCGCUGGAGGGACGGUGCUGACUUACUUCUCUGGAAAAGAAGGUCUACCAUCAAGUUCUUCAAACGUGCCACGGAAAGCAGCCACUUACGCCACCGCCCGGACCCGACGGACCUACAUGCUGCCGGCCACGUCGUCCAGGGUGACUCUGGCGCCACCGUUGUUCUAUGAAGGCAGGACGAGCCGAACAACCGGAGCGACAAGGAAGACCGGUCAAACCUUCAGCAGGGACAGCUUUGUAUGAGCUGUGAAAGGGACUUCAAGGACUUUAAAGGAAUAGUUUGACAUUGGGAAAAACACUAAUCUGUUUUCUUGCUGAGAAUGAGAUGAGAAGAUCAAUACCACUCUCGUGUCUGCAUGUUCAAUGUGGAGCUGGAGAGAGCGGUCAGAGGGAAACAAAAUCAGAUCAUUUACACUUCUAAAGUUCACUGAUUUAUAUGUUACAUCUUGUUUGUUUGAUCAGUACAAAAAAAACAAAGUGUAAAAAUACACGUGGGACU